ACAUUAAGCUGCUGCGUCCAGCCCUCUGUACCGGUUUAUAAUCUCUGACCGCUGAAUUCAGCAGCAUAUAAUGUAAUAACAAGACUGAUAUUGUGUUGUUCAUCCAGAUAAAGACAUGCUAACUGGAAUUCUUCUUUUGAUAUUGCUGCCUCCCAUGGUAGCACAGGAUCUCUGUAAAGAUGGCAAAGAUGGAUAUAAAGUUCGACUCAGCCUCAAGACGGCCCUGGGAGAUAAUGCUUACGAGUGGAAUACGAAUGAGAUGUUCUUCUUCAGAUCGACUCUGGCAUUUGCGAUGAGGAGAUACAAUCAAGAGAUGUAUGACAUUUCAAACAUUUUGGUGUGCAAUGAGACGCAAAGAGUGUCGUUUGUGUUUGUGGUAACAUCACCGGAGAAUAAAACCCAGCUGAUCUCUAAAGAGGAUGUUGAGCGAGCAAUAAGGCUGAGUAAGCAUCGUAUAAACAAUGCGUUCCUGUUGUCGGACAUGACUCUGGAGUUUGUGGGAAUCCCACCAACGCUCGCGGCCCCGAUUACAUACUCCACUCCCCCCUGGCUCAUCGUGUUUGGAGUGGUGAUGGGGGUUGUGGCUGUGGGUAUUUUAUCUUUACUCAUGUCCUCGGUCACCAAAUGGAGAAGAGCUAAAGAUAAGGGUGUUGGUUCUGGUGAAGAGGAAGAGGGCAGACAAGUAAUGCCCAAAGAGAAUGGGACAGCACUUUCGAGCUUUGGAGAAAAAGAUGGCAUCUAUAAUCAAGGAUUCACCAAUGACGAUCACUUCACAAAGCUGUAGAACCUAUUCACUAUCACUUCACCCCUCUAAAGUGCUUUUUAACAUCACAAAGACAAAUAUUAAUUUAUCAAGUUUUGAGUUUUGUAAUUGUUUAUUUGUAAAUAAUAUACAGUAAAUAAGUUGGAGUUGAAGGCAAACACAGGAAGAAAUUCAAGCUCAUCAAAGCACUUCAUCGGGUCUGUCACUGACAGUGCUAAAGGUAAACCAUUGCUUGUUUUCUCUUACUGUAUGUCUGAAUUAUGUUCUGAGCUGCCUGUUUACUCAGCAUCACAGUUUAAUGAAUUAACAGAGAGACUCAAUCAUUUUUUAACAGACCACACACUUCUACAUAGUAACCGUGUGUCAAAAAUGACCAUUUUGGGCAUUGGUUGUGAAAUUUGGAUCUCUGCAUAUAUACCAUACUUCAACUCCUGUAACAGAGCGCAUCAGUGCUCACCCACUUUUUCACCCGCCGUGGUUCCGGAAGUAUUUUUGUCCAUUAAUGUUUCCCAUAGGGAUUUCAUAAAAUCCUAAAAGAGUUCUAAGCCAUGAAUUAAACCAAACUGUUCUUAUUUGAAUCACACCCUUAUAAAGUUUAAUUCUAAAAUUAAAGCUAAAAUUCAUUUAAAAAUCAGAUAAAAAGACAAAGGUACAAGAUUAUACCUACAAAAAGCUACAAAAACUACAUUCCCAUGAAGCAUUGUGGAUGACGCAAUCAAAUAAAAAUGAUGGAAAAUGCAAAAUUAUUGAUUUAAAGUUGUUGAUUAUGAGUUUAGAAACAACUUUUAAAUACUAGUUUAUUAAAAUAUUCAGAUAUAUAAAAAUGAGUAGUUUGAGAGUGUAGGGAGACGGACUCGAUUGUGGAUGGUCGCUGCAGAGCUCUUUUGGUGCGUUUUGUUGGCCACAAUUCUCUGAUUGGUGGAUCGUUUCCCUACAACAUCAUAGGUAGUUUAGUUCUUCACCAGAGAUUUAGCUAUUAAACACAAUGAAAAAAAAAAUUGAGUUAACAUAACAAACUAAUGGCUUCAACUGAAGCAUAUACCGUCGAUGAACAACUUUGGAGCUUACGGUAUAGGUCUAUCUUUAAAGGCUUAUAAGUUACUGUUGUGAAAAGUAAUGCACAUCUCGAAGAAGACUGUCGGGAUCUAUUGAUUAGAUUGGAGAGGGAAAACAUUAAAUGUUGAGCUUCUGUACACAUUUCCAUCAUGAGAUAAAAAGCACAGCCCUCAACUAAUUGGAUUCUCAAAUCUGGAUCUUCACGCAGUGCUAAAAUCAAAAGAAGGCUCAUUAUGUACUGAUGCCCUGCAGUCAGUAGUGGGGGGGGGGGGCAGUCUCUAAAAUGUAAGCUUCAAUACUAAAUACUUUAGAAACUAGCGAAUGCAAAGAAGAUAUAAUAAAUAGUGUACAGAAAAAUAAUAAACUCAUCUCAAAGCAUGUUAUCUUUGCAAGAACCUCCUCCGGAGUUUCUAAAGAUAAUACACUGCUAAUUAAGGGUAAACUUUGAACCUUGCAUUUAUUUGAUAUAUUUCACCUUUAUUUUUACUCCUAAGUAUGCUGUCUUGUUGUUUGUUUUAUUUUUUAAUAAUACACAAGUGAAAUGGCUUUUAAAUCUCCCAUUCUGUUCAAGCUCUCUUUGGCUGUAAACAUCACUGAAAAUAUUCAAACAGAAUUUGCCAGCACCCUAAUGAAUAACAAACUUUCAUUGUUAUUGUUGUGUUUUGUUUUACAGUCAUGCAUAAUGUAUUUUUCAUAUUGUAGGUCUGCCAGCAGGAUUCUGUGUUUUCAUUAAUUGCAUUUGAAGUACAUUUAAUUGACUGUGUCUAAUCUAAACGCACAAUCGCCUUCAUGAAGCUUGUCGCAGCCUGAAGCUGCCUGUGGUUGAUGUUUUUCACCUCUAUAUUUACCAAAAGGAUAAUUAUGUUUAACAUUUUCAUUUAUUUUUCCAUUUUGAAAUGCUGUAUUUGUCAAAUUACAUUGAGUAAACUCACUUUCAAUGUAAUUUCAAACAGAAAUUGAGAAAUGAAUCAAUUUAAUGCUUAUACAAAUGGUUGUUUUAUAUUAAACUUUAAAGAGAGUUAUUGC